UUCAAAAGACAGCUCGACCACCUCUUGUCGUCCAAUCACGGCAUUGAGCGCCUUCCAUUUUCAACCGCAGCCGGAUCGCGAUCAUCCGCGAAUCCAGCGCCCAGGCCCUUGUGCGCGACGCAUCUCCACGAUUUCAAGGUCCGCAACAACAUGAGCGACUCCGAAAGGCCAGCCGCGAAGCGGUCGCGAUUCGACCAGACCGAACCUGAGCCUGCUCGUCGAUCACGAUUCGACCGCAGAUCCCGCUCGCCGCCGGCGCGCAAGGCUGAUUCCAACCGCGAUCGCAGCCCGCUCAGCAGAGAUGCCACGGGCACGCCGGAAGGCGGUGCUCCUGCCAAGAGCCCCCUAGACCCGGCGGCGGCGGCUGCUGCGGCAGCAGCGAAGAUCAACGCGCAGCUUCAGGCCAAGAAGGGCCCUCAGCACUCUGACGCGGCGCAGGCUCGCGUCGGCGGUGCUCAGAGUGCCGGCGCGGGCGGCGGCCUGAACACCGAGGUCUACAUCGCCGAGGGCGACUACAUCAAGGACAUUGAGGUCAAUGACCUGCGCAACCGAUACCUGCUCACCAAGGGCUCGACCCAGAAGAUGAUUGCUGAUGAGACUGGAGCUGAUGUUACAACUCGAGGCAACUAUUACCCGGACAAGAGCAUGGCGACACCCUCGGCCCCGCCGUUAUACCUGCACGUCACCAGUACGACCAAGGAAGGCCUGGAAAAGGCUGUUGCGAAGAUUGAGGAGCUCAUGAAGCAGGAGCUGCCUACCCUUGUUGACGAACGACGGUUUCGCCGACGUGACCAGGAGCCCCAAGUCGAGCGCGACGAGCUCGGCAGGCGCAAAUGGCCCGAGGCCAAGAUUCCAAUCGAUCUCGAGCCAGUACCGGGUUUCAACUUGCGUGCUCAAGUGGUCGGGCACGGUGGUUCUUACGUCAAACAUAUCCAGCAAGAGACGGGCUGUCGUGUCCAGAUCAAAGGCCGAGGCUCUGGCUUCAUCGAGACUGCCACCAACCGCGAAAGCGAGGAGGAUAUGUUCCUUCACGUCGCCGGACCUGAUGCCGGCAUGGUCGAGAAGGCGAAGGAACUGUGCGAGGAUCUUCUUGCCAACGUCAAAGAGCAGUAUGAGGAGUUUAAGGCUCGCCCCCCUCGCCAGCACUACGGCGAUCGUGGCGGCUACCGGGACCGUGGCCCAGGAGAACACAGGGACCAUCGUGAUAACCGCGACAACCGUGACCAUGGCGGUUACGGCGGCGGCGGCGGCUACAGAGACCGAGGGCAUGGUGACAAUUAUGGCGACCGGUCGCACGGUGGGCACAAUGACAGGUCUCGCGAGCAGUCCGGGUCGUAUGGAGGUUAUGGCGGUUACAGUAAUUCGCCAAACCCUGCUGCCGCGAGCGCCUCUCCGGCUUCCGGUGCUGCCGCGACCCCAUCCGCAACCGAUUAUGCUGCGCAGUACGCUCAGUACUAUGGAGGCCAGGAUCCCUAUGCCGCUUACGGUGGUUACCAGGCGUACAUGCAGUACUACCAGCAGUACUACGCUGCCGCGCAAGCAGCCCAGCAAGGCUCACCAGCUCCGCCUCCGCCUCCCGGCGCAUCAACCUCGCCGCCACCGCCGCCUCCUUCUGAAGCUCCUCCGCCUCCGCCUCCGCCAUCUGGCGGUCCGCCUGGUGCUGGAGCUUAUGGCAACGUGCCCCCACCGCCUGGACUAUAGAGUGCCCAUUUAGAGUGUGUCCACAGUGCAUUGGUCUGAAAGGUCAAGCUCAGUAUAAUGGGAAGCUCAGCUUUGCCCGAGGUGUUGCGAGCACUCUGAUUUGCUUGCAGAUAUAAUUUGUGUCCACAAAAUCGUGGUCGAUAAUGUAUUCCACUGACGUUUAGACGCCUAUAUGAAAGAGGUACCGAUAUCUGAUUGCCCCUUCACUGGCUCCUUGUGCGCAUAGCUUGCUCGACCCAUGAUGCAGAGACGCUUGAUGUGAGAUGACACGCUCCUCAGUUGUACAGCAAUGUCUAAUGACCGAUGGAACAGAGCAAUGCC